UGUUUGGUCUAUAAGAACACUCCUCAUCUUCUUUUUUUCAAAAAGAACAGAAAGAAAUAAUGAAGCCUUAGAAGAUUUAAAAUCCCAGAAGAAAAAAAUACUUGAAGAAGUGAUGGAAAAAGAAACAUAUAAGGCUGCUAAAUUAAUCCUUGAACGAUUUGAUCCAGAAGCCAAGAAGGCAAAGGAUGUUGAGCCGCCAUCUGCUGGAGCAUCUGCAGUUCCAAGACCUGGCCAAGAACUUCGCCAUCGGACCCCAGUGCGAGAAAAUGUGCCUCCACCUGUCCCAGUUACAUCAAAACAGGGAUCUCCAAAAGCUAUGGGUCUAGUGUCACCACCACCUUCUGGCUUGCCAAGAGACAUUUCAGCACCCGGGGGACCUCCAGAGAGAACUCUGUCAUCAACCUCACCGCUGAAUAUGUUACCGCGACAUCCUGGAUCCCGUACUUCCUCAAUGCCUGGAAUGGGCCUUCAUCCUCCAGGACCUCCGUUGGCAAGACUUAUUCUUCCUCGAGAGAGGGGAGCCUUAGAUAGAAUUGUUGAAUAUUUAGUUGGAGAUGGUCCACAGAACAGAUAUGCCCUGAUAUGCCAGCAGUGUUUCUCACAUAAUGGGAUGGCUUUGAAGGAAGAAUUUGAAUAUAUUGCCUUUCGGUGCGCCUACUGUUUUUUCCUGAAUCCUGCAAGAAAAACCAGACCACAAGCUCCACGGCUUCCGGAUUUCAACAUUGAAAAUAAGCCAGCUGCUGUGAUGGAGAGCACAACUGAAGCUCUGCAGUCGGAGGAGGAAAAUGUACAACAGCCUGAAACGGAAGAAGGACCUUCAGAAGAACCUCCCCCAUUGACAGAGACAGGCCAGGAAGAUAACAAGUCUUCAACAGUCAAACAAGGUGAUGAGAUGGUUGAAUCUGCGGAGGAAGAGCAACCAGCAAAGGAAACAGAAACAACGGAAACAACGCCUGCAACCUCCCUCCCUCCUCCAGGUGACCAAAGAGAAGAAACGCCUGAGGGAGAAUAAGUGCCUCAUUGUUUUAGCUAUGUGUAUUUUUUUUUAAGCUGUUACUUUUUCAAGGACUGAUUCUGAGCUUAGACUCCCACUCCAAUGAAUGUUAAAAACUGUGCAGAUAGUAUUGCAAGAAUAUGUUUGAGAGGCGAGUGGGGGAUUAAAGCAUUUCAGUCUGGGCUAGUUAGUUGAAGUCUAACUCAAACAUUGAUUUGUAUUUUUUUUCCUUUUUGCGUACUUACAAAGAAAUGUAAACAUGCUUAAAUGGGUAUUUUCCAUAAAGUGAUCUGAACUAUAGUAUUAUUUGGUCUUUGAGCAAAGAGUGCUGUAAAUGACUAAAAAGAUGUCUAAGUUUUGCUUUAAUAAAUUAAGGAUUUUUUUUCCUGAAAAUAUUUAUCUAUUAAGCUGAACUAAAUCAAUUUAAAUAUCCAGAUGUUUACAGGAGAAAGGGUGCUUGGAUAAUUACCAAAAGCAGUACAUUUGUGUCAUUGAAACUUAAAAACUUUGCCACUCUUCAUAUUUUUCCUUGAAAGAAUACAGUUAAAGAGGGCAGACUAGAAUACGAUGCCCCCUGUUGGGAGGUUCUGGGCACAGCAGAUGAGCUGAAGAUAGCAUGUGAAAUAGAAAGCCUAGUUUGUGUUUACAUGAAGUGUAGGAAUUUCAGCACUUGAUUGUACUUGAAUACUGAGCAUUAUUUAUACUUGUACAAUAAUGAUGAUAAGUGAAUUUUGUGUAUUUUGUUAAGAGCAAAUAAAGAUUAUAUAGCAUUAAGGGUUUGUUCAAA